AUGGCGACAUGUGAAUCGGAUUCGAUCAUCAUCGUUGGUGCGGGCGUGUUCGGUUUGAGCACAGCUCUAGAGUUGAAUCGCCGAGGAUACAAAGACAUCACUGUACUUGACCGAUACAACCCCCCUGCGGCAGACGGGAGCAGCGUCGAUAUCUCUCGGAUCAUUCGCAUUGACUAUGCGGAUCCAGUGUACUGCAAAAUGGCCUCUGAGGCGUACCAAGGCUGGCAAACCGAAUACAAGGACCAUUACUACGAGUCUGGCUUCGCCCUCUUGUCACAGACUCCAGACAACGAGUGGAUCGCGAAAUCCGCAGCCACGGUGAAGGCCAAUGGCGGCACCGUCGAAGAUCUGGACGAUGCCAGGCAGCUGCUCAGGUCAUUUCCAAACAUUCAGUCUGACUUGGCUGGUAUGAACGGUUACCUGAACCGUCGAGGGGGAUGGGCGGACGCCGCCAGCAGCAUUCAAAAGCUCGCGUCGCAGUGCAGCGUUGCGGGUGUCUCGAUCAUCAGCGGUCCUCGGGGAAGUGUCAGCUCACUACUCAAAAAGGGUUCUCGGGUGGUUGGAGUGAACCUCGUCAAUGGAAGCUCCCUCCGUGCCUCGCGUGUGAUAUUGAGUACUGGGGCUUGGACGAAUCGACUACUGAAUAUCACGCAUGCUGCCACAUCUUCUGGGCAGCCUGUGGGCUUUAUUCAACUCACACGAGAUGAAGCACGGUCUUUGGACAACACGCCAGUGAUGAUCGAUAUGUCUACUGGGGUCUUUGUAUUCCCUCCCACGCCGGGCAGCAACAUCCUAAAGCUGGCUCGUCAUGGCUACGGAUAUGCCAACGAGGUAGCCAUCCAGCUUGAUGGCGCCACACAUACGGUCUCGGCUCCCAAAUUCGACAGCAGUAAUGCAGGAACUGGAUAUAUCCCCCAGGACGCGGAUGAUGACCUCCGAAAGGGAUUAAAACGAUUUUUCCCCAAAUUUGCCGAUCGGCCGUGGAUGAAUCGCCGACUCUGUUGGUAUACCGAUACUCCCAAGGGAGACUUCAUCAUUGACAACCACACGAGCCUUCAGGGUCUGUUUGUCGCCACUGGGGGAGCAGGCCAUGGCUUCAAAUUUCUUCCAGUACUAGGCAAGUACAUCGCAGAUUGCUUUGAGAAUAAAGCACCCGCGGAGUUGCGUGAAAAGUGGCGACUACAGGAAGCGCCUCGUGAGUCGCCAGCGGAAAAGUCCAUGAAGGGUGAUGGAAGCAGGGCAGGGCCUCCAUUAAGAAAACUCACCUCGACCGAGAAGGCAAAGCUGUGA